AAAACCCCUUAUCGAUACACAUCUUUCAAACCCUCGCAUAUGUAUGACCUCGGCGGCGAUGAUCGUCGGUUGCUUCAUUAUUUAUCGUUUCAAAGCGUGUGUUUUUCAUCAUCAAUCCCCUUUUGGCUAAAUCUCAUCUCAGAUCCACA